GCUCUGCUCGCCGGCCGGCCGCGGGGGCUGGUGACGCUGGCCCGCUCUCGAGAGAGAGAGAGAGAGGGCCAGGAGGCGGGACUCCGCCGGCUGCUCCGAGAGCGGCAGGUGCGCGGGAGGGGGUGUUACAGACUCGAGCAGACCCUUCCUUUCCCCCGUGGCCUCGGUCUGCCCGCAAAGCUUCCGGGUCGGGUUUGCCCCCAGACCCAAAACGGGGGGGCUGGAGGGGGCUGUACCAGGCUGCUGAAGGUGAUGCUGGGAGGCGGACCGCCCGGCCUGGGGGUCUGGACCAUGGGGCUCCGACUUCCUCCUCCCCGAACGACCCUGGGCAAGUCACUCCUCCUCUCGGUGUCUCAUUUUCCCAGCUGUCAAAUGGGAGAGAUGUUGGGUCCCUACCUCCCGCCCUUCUUUGACAGUCCGGGCGCUGGCGGGGCUGGAAGGAGUCUGAGUACCGUGUUGCUAUAAUCCCUUCACCUACCAAUUUAAAUGGAAAUGCAGCUAACUUGGAUGACUGAGCCUUUUUAGGCCUGUCUCUAUGAAUUCCUGGUUGCUGAUUUACUGAUUCAAUAACUGACUGUUGUUCAAGAGCUAGUCAUCAGUCAGAAAUAUACAGCAAAAAUGUUUGCAAAACUGAAGAAGAAAAUUGCAGAAGAGACUGCUGUUGCCCAGAGGCCAGGAGGUACACCUAGGAUCCCAAGGUCGGUGAGCAAGGAAUCGGUUGCAUCUAUGGGAGCUGACUCAGGAGAUGACUUUGCUUCUGAUGGAAGCAGCUCCAGAGAAGAUCUCUCGUCCCAGCUUCUGAGAAGGAAUGAACAGAUACGGAAAUUAGAGGCCAGACUUUCUGACUAUGCUGAACAGGUGCGAAACUUGCAGAAGAUAAAAGAGAAGCUUGAAAUUGCAUUAGAAAAACACCAGGAUUCUUCCAUGCGGAAAUUUCAAGAGCAGAAUGAAACAUUCCAAGCCAACAGAGCCAAAAUGGCAGAAGGACUAGCUUUGGCAUUAGCCAGAAAGGACCAGGAAUGGUCAGAAAAAGUGGAUCAGCUUGAAAAGGAGAAAAGGUUCUUGACAGCCCAGUUACAGGAAAUGAAGAAUCAGAGUUUGAAUCUUUUCCAAAGGAGAGAUGAACUGGAUGAAUUAGAGGGGUUCCAGCAGCAGGAACUUAGUAAAGUAAAGCACAUGCUCUUAAAAAAAGAGGAAAGUCUGGGAAAAAUGGAGGAAGAGUUGGAGGCGCGAACCAGAGAACUUAGCCGCACUCAGGAGGAGUUGAUGACUUCCAAUCAGAUGUCCUUAGACUUAAGUCAGAAGCUAGAAGAAUUGCAGAGACACUCCUCAACGCUGGAAGAGCAGAGAGACCUUGUAACAGCUUCAAAAGCAGGUACAGAAAAUAAAAUCACAGCCCUGGAGCAAAAGGAACAAGAACUCCAAGCAUUGAAUCAGCAGCUUUCCACUGAUUUGCAAAAGAUCACUACUGAAACUCAAGAGAAAGAAAGAGUCAUUAUACAUCUGCAGGAGAGGGUUGCCUCCUUGGAGAAGAGACUGGAGCAGAAUUUCUCAGGAGAAGAACAUGUGCAGGAGCUUCUGAAAGAGAAAACAGCUGCUGAGCACAAUUUGGAGGCCACUAGACAGCAACUCUUGGCAGCCAGAAGCAGCCAGGCCAAGGCCAUUGAUACCCUGGAGACUCGGGUGAAGGAACUAGAACAGAGCCUGCAGGCAUCUGAGGAAAAACUAAAGCAGAGCAGUGACAUCAUAGCAUCUCAAGAAACUCAGAUUCAGGAACUUGCCACUGCCAACAAGGAGAGCAGUUCUGCACAGCAGCAGAUCCUGGCUCUGGAGCAUCAGUGCACAGAACGUACUCAAGCACUGGAGGCCCAGCUGGCCACUCUAGAAAGAACACGGGCUGCUGAGCAGACAGCCACAGAGCAGGAGAUGAAAGAGUUGAAACAAGAAAAUGCAACCCUUAAGGAAAUCAAGAAUGAAUGUGAACAUUCUUUACAGGAUCACCAACUCGAACUGAAAAAGCUAAAGGAGGAAUGGAACCAAAGAGAAAUUGUGAGUGUGGCAAUGGCUCAAGCCUUAGAGGAGGUGCGGAAGCAGAGGGAAGAGUUCCAGCAGCAGAUUGCUAACCUGACAACGAUAAUAGAAGAGAAAGAGCAAAGCCUGCAGGAGAAAACAAAAGUAAUUCUUCAGAAAGAGCAGGAGAUUCUUCAACUGCAGGAAGGUCAUGACACUUCCCUGCUGCAAAUGCACCAGCUGCAGAGUGAGCUGGAGGCCUUGAGGAGCCUGCGGGCAGAGGAGUCCGAAGUGGCUGGUACUCAGGAGGAGGAACUGCUGAGGCUGUCGGGUCAGGAGCAGGACGUGGUGCCUCACGCAGCCUCAAGGACCAUGCAGGACCCCCUGUACCAGCUCCCAGCUGCGGAGGGAAUACUGAAUGGUGAGGUUGUGACCACGGAUCUUGGGCAGCUGCAGAAGGAAAAACAGGACUUGGAGCAGCAACUUCUGGAAAAAAAUAAGACCAUAAAGCAGAUGCAGCAGAGGAUGCUGGAGCUCAGAAAGACUCUGCAGAAGGAACUGAAAAUCAGACCCGAUAAUGAACUUUUUGAAGUCCGAGAGAAGUCUGGCUCCGAGAUACCAAACAUGGCCCCUUCUGUCACAAAUAAUGCCGACCUGACUGAAGCCAGAGAGAUCAACUUUGAGUACCUUAAACACGUGGUUUUGAAGUUCAUGUCCUGUCGUGAAUCUGAGGCUUUUCAUCUUAUAAAAGCAGUAUCAGUAUUGCUGAACUUUUCACAAGAAGAGGAGAACAUGCUCAAAGAAACCCUGGAGUAUAAGAUGUCGUGGUUUGGGUCCAAACCAGCUCCCAAGGGCAGCAUCCGGCCAUCUAUCUCCAACUCUCGGAUACCAUGGUCCUAGAGAGAACAACCCAAGGAUGGAGCUCCAUGGGCUGACACUUUUUCUGUGAAAAGAACACUGAUACACCAGUCUGGGUGGGUUUUUAAACACUGUAACUGCAGUAUUUUGUAUAAGCAUCUAAAUAUUGUUUACAAGACUUAAGGCCCACUUCCCUGAAGACUGACUGACUACAAAACUCAGGAGGUAGCUGAUCCUAUGUCGUUCUGCUCACAAAACAGGAGGGUCCUGGCACUACUCACAUUUCCACAAUGCUGUUAAAAUUCCAGUUCUGGCCAGUCACCCUGUCUUCACCUAAAUCUUCUACCUUUUAAUGUCAGUGCUUAAAGCUGAAGUGGUCAUCAGCAUCUGUCAGAAAGGAGACAAUAGAUCCACUGUGUGUAGUGAUGGCGGAUGUAAGGACAGCCCUAUGGAAUGGUACCCAGCAGGUUAGACCCACCUGUUUCUGUGGAAGAACCAACUCGGAGCGUGUGGCUUUUGAAAAUUCCCUCUCAUUAGCAUGUCUGGGUUCUGAUGAGUUAGGAGGUGCUUUUUAACCCCUCAAGAAAACAUUAUUACCAUGUUGCUCAAACCACCUAGAACUUUAGAUGUGUACAUCAAGGUACUCUAGGGCCAGUGUGGAAUAAUGAAUGUGCAACCCAUGACAGUAUCUGUUACUGAAGAAAAGUAGCAAAUGUAUUAAGAUCCUAAGGAUAGUACCAAAUACACUCAAUUGCCUUUUUAAUGAAUGUACCUGUCUUGAAAAGGUUGCUGGUAAACGAUUUUUUAUAGCUGAAAUUCUUCACCACUAUAAACAUGUCUUCUGUAUUAUAAAUAUAAAUAUAUAUAUUUAAAUGAUGUUCUUAUAGGAAAAUCAGAACAUCAAGAGAAAAUUUAUUUCUAAGAUUGGAAUUCCUGUCCUUUUAUUGCAGUUUUGCUGGCAUUCUGUGGCAUCUGCUUCCCUCUGUAGUGGUAUUAUUUUCAUCUGCUCUGCUCUUAAUUCUGUGUUAUAACACUAAGCAAAUGCUAAUCAUAUGUUUUACUGUUGACAUUGUUAUGUUCUAAGGAAUCAGUAGCUGUCCUUUUCCUCAAUCUUGACCAAAACACUGGAGGUGCUCUGCCUUGUAUACAGAGCUACCAUCUUUCUCUUACCCUAGGCCCAAAUUUUUAUGGUAUCACAUUUAUAUAAGGUGUCUGGACAGCCCCCAGCUGGCUGCCAGUGCACAAAACUCUGCAGAUGGCUCUGGCAGGGACUGGAUUAUUAAAGAACAGGAAACAUGCUUGUCCUGGAUAAGCAACUGUUACCAAGUCUAGAGGAAAACGGCUGACUGCAAGUUUCACUAGUAAAAAAACUAGUAACUAGAGCCCCGAAAUUUAUUACCACUUAUCUAACAAUGUAAAGUUGUUUCUCAAUUAUGUUUAGGGCUAAAACAUAAAAUAUCUCACAAUAAUUUGCAGGGUUAGUCUCCAUUUCUAGGCACCUAGAAGACCAAGUGCAGCACCACCCAAUCUGAACACAGGCUGUCUGCCAUCCUAGUGGCCCUUUCUCCUAUACCUACCUUCUCACUGGCUCCUCCCUGCAGAUGCCUGUCCUUUUUAGAAUGCAAUUUUCCACUUUCCUAGUGGAGACAGGAAAUAGGAGUUCCAUCUGUUCUGUUAAUUUUGACAGUAAGAGGUAGCUUAAAAAAACUUCUUGCCAGCUGUUGCAAGGCAGAAUCCCUCGGACAGGGUUUUCAGGGUUUGCCAGUGGCUUCAGUAGUUGUGGGAGCUUCAGUCCUGACUCUAGCCUUUGAGCUGGUCACACACUCCAUGUCCCCCUGGCAGUUUGGGGUGCAUUUGGUGGGGCGGGGGGCCAACACGUAAGUCAGUACUUGGUUUAAGGAGGAUUCAAUCUAAUCAGGCUUUCCUCCUGCAUGUUGAAUCUCCUUCAGCUUUAAGAGGAAGAGUGGAGCAUAUACUCUAAGUGACUUAAUGCACUUUUACUUGUAUAAAAUGUUCUGUGUUAAAACAGUAUAUAUAGCCCUUUAUAAGAGUGUUGGAUAUUGAUCUCUCCAUCUUGUAAAUAGGGAUUGUAUUAUCUAAAACUGCUGUAGAAAACUCAUUUGUUGUGCAAUACACUUUUUGAUGAUUAAAGCUCUUCAAUCCAUA